AUGCUGAAGGAUAAUUUGGCAUUGUGCCGCCGCUGCUUCUAUGUGAAGCGGGGUUCUUGUAGGAACAUGAGCGUGUCAGAGCUGGUGCAUAACCUGAGCGAGUGCGAUGCUUUCCGGGACAAGUUUGACCGGAUGAGACAGGCUUCGACAGCGUUCUGCAUCCAGUUUCCGGAUCGCAAAUACAGGCAUGAAAAGCCCGACAUAAAACUAUUGUUGGAAAAGCGAGAGGAGAGCUAUGUGGACGUAGCCAGUGUGAUGACGUGGUAUUCUCUGAAGCGGUUUUACGAUGAGCGCUACCCGUCCCAGAAGUUCAAGAACGAUCAGCAGCGCAAGAGCUUUUGCUUGAAGCGAGGCCUCAAGCUACAGCCAGACGAGCGUGGGGUGGAGGGGAUUGCAGUCCCCAAGAACGGGGACGAUGAGAAAGAGUUGAAAGUGGGGAAACGAAUCUCCGCAAGCCGACUCAAACAGGAAGACCAUGGGAGUGAGUACGACAAGGAGGCCGUGAAAGCCAACCACGCCAAAAAUGUCGCCAACUCUUGCAACGUUCAAGUCAACUCCCAGGAUAGGGGUUGA